AUGUAUCGUCUUAAUCCCGUUGUUAAUGAGUCCUAUUCUGACAUCUCCCAUACGGACAGUAUGUACAGGUGCACUUUGCCUAGUCAGCCAUCUUCAACCGAGGGAACAGCCAGUGAGCCAGCAGGUGCUUGUUCUCUCAACUCGCUUGAUAAAUUUAUCGUAAACGAAUCAGGAGCCAGAUCAAAACUUGGUCAGGCCAUACAAGCCCGCAAAAAAGAACAGAACAAACCUAGUAGUGCUGCGGACAAUAUUUCGUGUAACACCACUUUCAAGACCCCCCAAUCAAAGCCUGGCAACGAAAUGUUACUCGACAGGUAUAUCAUCAGAAAAACAGCUCCAGUUUCUAAACUCGGCAAACACCUUCAAUCUCAAAAGGAAGGUCCAAAAGAGUCACCAGAAGAUUUACGGCUUAAGCACCGACUUGAGGAACUUGAACAGCGCCUUGAUGCCUUCCUUGUUCCCAUGGGCCUUGUUGAAUCCAGCCCACAUGUCGCACCUUUUGUGUUCUCCGAGGGUGAUGGUACAAACACUUCGACUGGUCCAUCGCAAAAUCCCGCUCGCAGCGCCGAGCACUCUGUGUUAGUCUCCUCAACUGGUCGCUCUCAACCAAAUCAUUGUGCUGUUUCAAGCCCCAUUGAUCUCGCCAUCCAUUGUGAUCCCAAAUCUCCACCCUUUGCCAUCCUUCUUUACAGCAAAUUGUUGCAGUUAGCUGGCCGAAGCAUUUCUCUUCGGUUUUAUCGACAUUCUUCUCUUGAAUCGGUUCCAAAACAUUUGUCCGAAAUCGAGAAUUUCUUCGUUGGUCCCGAACGUUCUUUAUCUUCAGAGGUGAUCCUCUCAGUCAUUUGGAGAACCUGUCCGUUCAAUUGCAUGGCCAUUUCUAAUCCAUUCACCGAUCUCCCGCUCUAUGGCGAGUCCACAGUUUUAAUGUCCCUCGCACGCAAUACUUGCAAUUUCUCUAAAUCUCUUGAUCUCCUGUCAAAAAUUGACCAAGAUAUCUCAAGUGGAAAUGAAAGCCUGCAAAGUGAGUGCAUUAAGGCAGUUGCGAGUUCAUCUGGUGAAACCUUUUCCGUGCCUGAAAUAUCGCUCUUUGUUUCCUGUGUGCAAGCAGGCCUGAUCCCAAUGCUUCAGAAAACCGCCAAAGCGUGGUUUGAAAAAUGCAUGUCGGAUAAAAACUUUGCUUCUACCAAAAGGCUUAUUCAGCUUUUCCAUUGA